UUAAAUUGCCAGUCGAGUCCGUGAACGUCAUGACAGUGACUCGCUGUCAUCACGUGAACUAACCACAGCUCCGUGGUGCUGAAACUCCGCUCCGAAAACGCGCUCGUCCUUUUAAAUUCUGGAAUAUCGUCUGGAUUAAAACGGUAUUAAUGUGCGUGGGGUCCAUUGUAAUUUUGGCAAUUUUCACUUUCAUGGGUAAAAUUCAUUUCAAAGACUGAAGUGCAGUAAACACAGAGAGCGAUCCGGUCCUUUGUAACAAUGGAGUCUGGCAGAAGGUACGUGCUGCUCGUCGUUCUUCUUUUUUCUUUCGUUCGUAACAUAUCGACCUCAGUGACUCAUUAUUCAAUACCAGAGGAAAUGAAAGAAGGAUCCGUUGUAGCAAACCUUGCUUCUGAUCUCGGCCUGGAUGUGAAAACACUGAACGAGAGGAAGAUGCGUCUCGACAUAAUUCAAAAUAAGAAAUAUCUGGAUGUGAACAAAGAGACUGGAGAACUGUAUAUCGUCGAGAAGAUUGAUAGGGAAUAUAUUUGCCCUUCAAAGUCGUCAGCAUCCUGUUAUCUUAGACUAGAAGUAAUACUAGAAAAUCCAGUACGAAUAUUUAACAUAGAAGUAGAAAUUCUAGAUAUGAACGACAACGCCCCACAAUUUAGAAGAGACGUCAUACACUUAGACAUUUCUGAAGCGACGUCAAAAGGAGAGAGAUUCUCUCUCAGUAAUGCAGUUGAUCCUGAUGUCGGGAGCAAUUCAGUGAAAACAUAUCAUCUGAGUGAAAGUGAAGAUUUUAAUAUUGAAGUUCAGACAGGAAGAGAAGGGGCAAAAUUUGCUGAAUUAAUUUUACAGAAGACUUUAGAUCGGGAGCAGCAGGCUGUUCAUAAUCUAAUACUCACAGCUGUAGAUGGAGGAACACCUGCUCGUUCUGGUACUGCCAGUGUUAUUGUUCGUGUGUUGGACACAAAUGACAACGCUCCUGCAUUUGAUAAGACCAUGUUAAAUAUGAACAUAAUGGAAAAUUCUCCCAUAGGAAGUCUUGUUAUUCAUCUCAAUGCAACUGAUUUAGAUGAAGGGUCAAAUUCUGAUAUAAUUUACUCAUACAGUUUAUAUACAUCAGAGAAAACACAACAAACAUUUAAUCUGAAUCCUUCUACUGGAGAAAUUACAGUAAAAGGAAUGUUAAACUAUGAGGACUUCAGGAUUUAUGAUAUGGAAGUUAUAGCAACUGACCAUGGAGACAAUAGUUUAUCAGGACAAUGCACCAUAAAGAUUCUGGUUGAAGACAUGAACGACAACCACCCAGAAAUAUCUAUUAAAUCAUUUCAGAGUCCAGUGAAUGAAAACAUAGAACUCAACUCAGUGAUAGCUGUAGUUAGUGUCAGUGAUAAAGACUCAGGUGACAAUGGAGUGGUGGAUCUUCACAUUCCAGAUAAUAUGCCUUUCAAACUGAGAGAAUCCUCUGAUAACUAUUAUGAAUUAGUGGUGUCAGAGCCGUUAGAUCGUGAGAAGGUUCCAGAAUAUGAGGUCACCUUCACUGUUACAGACAGAGGUUCUCCUCCGUUAUCUGACAAUGAAACUAUGACGUUAGAGCUGCUGGAUGUUAAUGACAAUGUUCCACAGUUCCCUCAGUCAUUUUAUACCAUACGUGUCGUGGAGAAUAACGCACCUGGGGCCUUGCUCAGUUCACUGACGGCCUUUGACCCUGACCUCCAUGAAAACCAGUAUCUGGUUUAUUUCAUCCUAGAGAGGGAGAUAGCCAACACCUCCAUGUCCAUGCUGUUCUCCAUCAACCCAGAGAACGGGAAUCUUUACGCACUGAAAACUUUUGACUAUGAGAUCGAGAAGGAGUUUCUUUUCCACAUCGAGGCCAGAGACUCUGGCUCUCCUCCACUCAGCAGUAACGUGUCCAUCCACAUCAUCAUCGUGGACCAGAACGACAACGCUCCGGUUAUUGUGUCUCCGUGGCGCGCGCACGGCUCGGUGGUGGAAGAGAAGAUCCCCAGAUCCACCGAUAAAGGAUCUCUCGUUGCCAAGGUGAUAGCUCUAGACACAGACUCGGUGCACAACUCUCGGAUUACCUACCAGUUUCUACAGGUGACUGACGCCACCUUGUUCAGUCUGGACCAGUACAACGGAGAGAUCCGGACUAUGAGGAUGUUCAGUUACAGAGAUCCGCGCCACCAGAGACUGGUUGUUGUUGCCAAGGACAACGGGGAGCCUGCUCUCUCUGCUACAGUCACCAUCAAGCUGUCCACAGUGGAGACUGCGGUGAAGGCCUACUCUGACAUGACUGAGGUGCCUCUAGAGUACGACAUCUUCUCAGACCUAAAUCUGUACUUGGUGAUCGGUCUGGGCUCCGUGUCAUUCCUCCUGCUGAUCACCAUCUUGGUCACCAUCGUGCUCAAGUGUCAGAAACCCAAGCCCAGUAAAGCGGCUCCUCCCUGCAGGAACAGUGUGAUCAGUGAGAGGAACUCCACCAUCGCAGAUUCCACUCUGGUCUCCAACGAUGCCUACUGGUACAGUCUGUUUCUAGCAGAGACCAGGAAAGGAAAGAUGGUGGUCAGACAGCCUGUGCCAAAGGGCUCCAGAUACAUCGUGUCCAGUUUACCAAGAGGAACAGGACUGACAGACACUAGUGGGUCUGCGGCUUCUACUCUGCAGGUAGGAAUAAAAAACACACAUCACAAUUCACAUGUGGCGCUGUUCUGUUAG